AUGCGGCCAGGCCCCGUUCGGGAUGGCAUCGAACAGAUUGUAUGUGAGUCUGGCAAUCAACCGCAGUUGGUGCUUCUUUCACUCUCGUCACCGAGCACGGACGACGUCCAUGACGGUUUACGACCCAUUCCUGUACCGUGCGUGCACAGCCAUCGUCCGCUUCAUUGCUCGCAUGAAAGGCUUUUGGGCGAGAAAGUGGGAAUGGAUGCUUGGGACAAGCUUUUCUCGUCGAUCAAAGGUUUGCCCUCGUCAGCAGCUUUUGAAACGGUAAGCUCCACCUUAAGCCCCAUCCUCGACGAUCUUGACGCUGGCUACAAAGACGAUCCCCCAAGGCUGCCCCUGGAAAGGGCACGAGUCAACGCAUUGACACUUGCCUGCGACCUAGGACAGGCAGAGGUCGUGCGAUGGAUUGUGGAUCGUUGGGAAGCGGUUAGCAAUAGUGCUCGUGAUGAUCCAGUUGUGCUGUCUCUACUCGGAAGCCCGUGCGACGCGUCUCCGGAAGAACACGGUGGAAACUUUCCCGCACACCACGCAGCACUGGCAGGCUGUGUACCGGUACUCGACAUGCUGGCCCGUCUUUUACUGUGCACGUCAACACAGGAUGCAGCACGGACUUUUGUUGACACAAAGAUGUGGGCGCGACGCAUGGACUGCGUUCGCUACCUGGGAAGUCAGACCAAUGCGCACGGUGACACGCCUCUCAUGAUGGCGUCGGUAUCGGGACAUGUAACGUUUCUACAAGAAUGGGUUUACCUUGCCUCGGAGGACACGGAACCAGCCGUCGAUCCCUGCCUCCAAAAAAUAUUGCAAGUGCGCAACGCGUCCCACGAUUCGGCACUCUCCUUGGCGUGUGGACAUGGUCGGGAAGACGUUGUGCAAUUCUUAUUGCAUGGGGACGGUAUGAAGGACUGGGAAUCACUCGCAACAUUUGAGGACGUAUGCAUAGCAAGAGCGGUGCUGAAGCGACUCGACGGGAUAGUUCGGAGCCGCGAGCACGAAGGUUCGGAUCAAGGACUGACGGAUCUGAUAAUGAAACGUGCCAGCAUUCAAGUGUGCUUGGAAUGGGUGGAAGCGUCCCUAACUAGAAAAGCUAAUAAUUUGGCCGCCGAGCUUUCCCUGGACGAGUGCAGAAGAAAAAACACGCUUCCGGCUGCACGCAAACCUAGAUCAAAACGACGGACCGCGAAAAGUCAGGUUACAAAGGAUGUUUGUGUCGCUGGCGCGUCGCCGCGUUCGAGCUCAAUUGAAACCGACGAAGCCGCCUCGGUCAACCUGACACAACUAGCCGAUGGUACACGGGCGGUCGUUGUCGAAGGUACCCUGGAAGACAUUCCCCCUGACGUGCUUCCAAUGUCCAACGAAACGGCUCUUUCCAAAUCAGUAAACCAACUGCUGCGCGAACGGUGGCACACUACGCAUCAAGAUUCCGAGAUUGACGCCGUAAUGGAUGCGUUGUGCUUGGAUGUGUCGAUGCUUCUGCUGACGCCACAUGGUAUGGCUCUUCACCUUUCCCCAUCCCAACUGGAUGCCGUUGAUCGGAUUCUUGAAAAGCAACAACUCGCCGUCCAACAAGCUCGAUGCAUUCAGGAUCGACUGCACGGCAGCGGUAGCUCCGUCCAAAGAAGCCUAUGA